AUGACAGGAUCGGUGGUGGCGUCGCUGGCGCAUCUCAAGGACGUCAACGGCAAUGACGGCGCGUUCUUCGUGUUCCCCGAUCUGUCAGUGCGCUGCGAGGGCGUGUACCGGCUGAAGUUUUCGUUGUUUGAAAUUGUGGGCAAUCAGGUAUUCUUUUGCAAGUCGAUCACGUCGACGAUGUUCACAGUGUACUCGGCCAAAAAGUUUCCGGGCAUGGACGAGUCCACGCGGCUGACCAAGCUGUUUGCCGAGCAGGGCCUUAAGAUUCGCGUGCGGAAGGAGCAAAAG